AUGGUCAUCUGCAGUGAAGAGGCGCGUUUCCGGUGGCGCAAUCUUCGGUCAGUCGGUGCCGUGUACUCCACGAGCUGCGAGGGGACUGUCCGGGUACUCGACAUCCAGGUGCCUGCGAAGCCGUGCGCCAGGUGUCUAUCCCUCCUCCAUGUAGCGGUCUUCCGCACACAGCUCAACAGGGAGAUGCCCGACGAGUCCAACAUGAAAUACACGCCAUGGCUUUACCAGAACAAGGAGAUGGGGGCCAUAUAUCUCAAGUAUCUUGGUGUGCGACAGUUGCUCGAGGAGGGCGGACACACACCCUGGCGCAAGUUUGGAAUGGGUGUGGCCGCUGGCACAUUCAAGAACAGCCGUGUCAUGCUCGGAGCCAUCGAGGCCAUGCAGAUCAGGAGCGAGCGAAUGGCACAAGGCAAGCAGAUGCAAAACAUGACAUACAGCCGCGAGUUCACAGACUUUGCCAAUGUCCUUGCGUCUAUCUCGACACGAGCCUAUCAGACCUUCCGACAUCAUUUUGGUGGCCCGCAUGUCCGUACUCUUCAGAAACUGCGGGCACGUCUUCCUCGCUUCCAGCCAGGCAUCUCGUCUGCCAAUGUUGCGCUUGCUUCAGCCGUUCUUACUCAGCUGGACUAUGCUGGACCGGUUGUCCUAGCCUGGGACGACACUGCUCUCGAGCCUGCCAUCAGUGUUUGGGAAGAUGCAGCGACCGGGAUAUGUUCCAUUCUCGGCAGUACACACGGUGUAAUGCAAGUGGCCUCUGCGGACGAGUUUGAUGCGAUCUUUGACAAAGCUAAGAUGUCAAAAGCGGACAAGAUCCGCCUAUUUGUUCUCAUCGUCCCUCUCACAAAAGUCCCUCCCCUUCUCCUGGCUGCUGUAGCGCGUGGUGGUAAGGAGAACGCGCAGGAUCUGCUUGACAUCCACAAUGAGCUCCUCGGCCACCUCCACGCACACGAGAUCUAUCCCGUCUCAUACGCCGCUGAUGGAACCGAAGUCGAACGCGCAUUGCAGCGCAAAAUCAUCGCUGCCACCCACCGCUUCUCCCCGUACAUUAUCCCCAACGACGUCCCCGGGUGCACAAUCGAGUUGCGGAUACACACCAUCAACAAGCAUCCCGUGAUCACUGUCCAAGAUCCGAAGCACGCCCUGAAAACUGCGCGGAAUCAGCUGUUCACUGGUGCACGUAUCCUUGUUCUAGGCUGCCUGGCCUUCUUCUACGCGCAGUUGCUUCUGCUGUCGCAGCAUAUCCUCUCCCCUCUAUUCCGCCGCGACGUGGAGAAGGUCGACAAGCAGGAUGACCGUGCUGCCGCCCGGCUAUUCUCCGCCGAGUCCCUCGAUGUUGUGCUCCGCUACCACAGCGAGUUCCGUGCGCUUGCCGUUUACCUCUACGCGCUCGGUGAACUCGUUGAUGCUUGGGAGAACCGCCAAAUUUCCCACGUCGAGCGUGCGAGGAUGGUGAUGUCCACACGGUUCUUCCUCAUGGCCUGGCGUACACACAUCGUCCUCCACCCGGCUUACUCCACCAACGUCCAAUUCAUCUCACGCGAGUCCUUCGACAUCUUCAUUAUGCUCUGCGACAGCCUCCUGAGCCUCAUUGUGGUCUACCGUCAGUACUUUCCAUACCAUCCCCUGAUGCCUUGGCUUCAUUCAACCACUCCCUGCGAGCACAUCUUUGGCAUCAUCCGUACGCUGAAGAAGGACUUCAACUUCGCUGAUCUUCUCUAUCUGGAGUCGAAGCUGCGCACACUGCUUCUCGGGGCAUUCGAUCGCCUUACUCCGCUCGAUCGAGCAAAUGAACGAGCCGCUGGGUACUACCACUCGUACUUUGAUAGUACAAGUGUCGACGCUGACAACCUGCGUCAAUGGCCUUCGGAAAUCGAGCUUCAAGAGGCGUCGCGCGCGGCAUUCCUGGACGCCGAGCAGCUACUCGAGUCCGUGCAGUUGAACGCGCGCAAACUCCUACAGCAAUACAAGCCCCCUACCACGUCGGAGCAGUCGACGUCGGCGCGUCAGCGUGGUGCCACUUCUACCUGUACGCCAACGGGCCCGCAGUCACUCGCCGACCUCCUCACCCUGUAUGCUCGCAUCGAUCUUGAUCCUGUCCGGGAGCAGGAGGUCACCGUUUGCGAGAUUGCUCUAGUUGCCGAAAGCAUGGACGGGACGAUCGCGAUGUGA